ACCGUCGCACUGCGGAAGGAUAAUCAGUAACUUCUCAAAUUCAAAUGCGACCGCUCAUGAGUUAGAAAUUGCAAAGGAAGAGAAAGCCAUGAAGCAGCUAUAGACGCUCAAUCCAUAUUUGACGAUCGAGGCUUCUGGAGGCUUGAAGUUCUCCAUCACCGUGAUCCUACUAGAUCCUGCUUUUACCCUCUUCCACCGUGAUUCUGGCACUCUGAUUUCAUUUAUAUUCUGUUAUUUUCUAUAUGACCCUCCUCUCUGAGUUCCGUUUAUAACGCAGUUAGUGUCAUCGAGCUCCUUUCUCGUUUUAGGUGGGCGGCCUUAUGACUCCAAAUCAUUCUUGAUCUUGUGCUUGAACUAUAGUAGACGACUCCCUACCACGACGCUUCUUCUGUCUUCAACAUGACAGAUCUGCCCACCGAGAUUUGGGAGAUGGUGAUUUUUCAUAUUCACAACGAUGGAGUCGUUGAGGAGCGCAGACGUGCAUGGCUCGCAGCAUGUUGCCUCACAUGUCGGUCUUGGUUGCCCAGAAGUCGAUAUUAUCUAUACCAUGAUAUCGUACUGGGAGGCAGUAUGGAUGACGAUGCUGCAUGCGUGACCCGUUUUGUACACUGUCUUCGCGCCGGCCGACGUAAUGGCGCGUUGAUAGAAUCUCUUGCAUUCAAGGGAGAGGGGCCAAAGAAACCUGGCAUAAUCAGUUCCGCCCUCUUACUCGUUGGAUCGCUUGACGCGAACUUCCGUAGCUUGUCACUUGGCGAACUUGACAUGAGCUGCGUUCACCCGAGCUUCUUUCGAAGUCUCGCACAGUUUAAAAGCGUCCGGGAGCUGACCUGUUCUGUUGGCGAGCGUUCCACUCUAAAGCAUUACAUUCAAAUGCUCUCGAGCUUGCCCAACAUCUCAAGCCUGUCAUUAAUUACUGUCGAAGGUGAUGCAGAACACCAUACGCAUGAAACUGGUCGAAACGAAGCGAUUGUCAGAUGCUCGCAUCAAAUAGGCCUGCACGCCCUUCGCAUUGCUCUCGGCAUCUUUGAGAUCACAGGACCUAAGGUGAUGAUCCCGCUCCUCCGAUGGCUAGUAGAUUCCACGGCGACCCCACACAACCUGCGACGGCUUGAGAUCUCCAGUAGUGUUCAUGAAAGUCUAGAAAUCCUAUUGACUCUCAAUGACGUUCUCAAGCAUUGUGGUUCAAGCAUCGAAGAUCUUAAAUUACAUCUUUAUGGCGACCGAUAUUGGCCGACUUCGGGUAUGGAAAUGGGUGCGAUCACCUUCCUCAGUCUGCAGCAUAUGCGGAGUGCUGAAAAAGAUUAUUUUACAGACAUGACUUUGGAGCAUAACGCGAACCUGCGGUCCUUGAGUAUCGGUUUGAUCUUAGCUCACACAACUGGAUGGCACCAACGUCUCAUAUCGACAAUGGACUCUCCCAAGUUAUGCUUUCUGCGUAUGCGGUUUAUCGAGCCGGUCUCGGAAAUGCACCCCUCCGAUACUGUAGGUCUUGACAAGGCCUUAUGCAGUCUCAUCCUAAAACAUCCUCGGCUUCAAGUUGAAGCUGAGAUACAUGAUAUACAGCCGCCCUCGCCGUAUUACGAGAUUAGUGUGGUAACAUGGCAAGAAUUGUUCCCUUCCGCGCUGAAGACGAAUGCGUUUUCCGUCGUUUUGGCGUCGGAUGGCGCUGGACAAAAUUGAGAGACUCUUUUCGUCCCCAGCUAAUCAAAGCGACGUCGAGCUUGGAGGAGUGAUCCAUUCUUGUAGUUCCUCAAAUAGAUCCGAGUAUGGACUGAAUGUGGUGGAAUACAACAGAAGGGAUGAACCAUCAUUUACGCAACAUGUAUAUUCUGAUAUUCAGCAGAUUAAUGAAUUCAGCAACUCACGCCUGCGGUGAAGUGUGCACAAGAAUUUCUGGGAGGUUAUACACGCUAGGAAGAGUUUGAAUACAACUCUGUUUUGGAAACAGCGACUAUAUCUAAAGGGGUAUUUGACAGUGCUGUCGUGGUAUAUGUAUGAAAUCUUGGCAUCGAUGAACGUGCAGGACAUUUCUCACCAUGUCAUAUGUACGUAUGCUGGAGUUCUUACCUGAAAUUCGUGAAUCUCUUCCGAACUAGAAGUCAUUACCAUAUUUAGGUAGACCCUUCCGGAAAUGGAUAUUUCCCU